AUGGCCGUACCAAUUGACAUUACCUUCUUGGGAACAGGCAGCGCCCAACCAAGUGCCACUCGAAACCAUCAAGCUAUAGCAUUCCGUGCCAAUGGCGACAUUUGGCUUUUUGAUGCCGGCGAAGCUACUCAACAUCAGUUACAAAAGAGCGCAUUGAAGAUGGGGCGUGUCACCAAGAUAUUUAUUACCCACAUGCACGGCGAUCAUUGCUUUGGACUUGCACCUUUGCUCUGCUCAAUGACUGAAAACAUGAACGCGAACCGGGUGGAUAACGACUCUACCGUUGAUGUGUAUGGACCCUCCCCUUUACGACGUUGGCUAAGGACAACAUUGCUUUCGACCUAUUCACGACUUGGACGCAAAUACCGUGUGCAUGAACUUUUACUCGAUGAAAGCGAGCGUGACAAUGAUACUUCAUCUUUACAUCCGGAUGAAGAUGCUAGUGGUCAAGACAUUGUACUGCCAAAGACAAGGGAUGAUGCGUAUUUUCGACUUCCUGAGAUCGCUGAUGGAUGGUCUGUAUUUGCUGCGCCUAUCAAGCAUUCAAUUCCGUCCCUGGGUUAUCUCAUUCAGGAACCUGAUUUACCGGGAAAACUCGAUCAAGCUGCUUUGAUGCCUUUGAUUCACCGCAACGCCGAAGCCUUACGACAGGAACGAGGAUUCAAGAACCCAUUACAGAUAUUGGGAGAACUCAAAAAGAGCAGUGAACCUAUUCAGCUUCCAGAUGGCACCAUUUUACAUCCUCCAGAGACACGCCAAGGUCGACAGAUUGUGAUUCUUGGUGAUACAUGCGAUGCAACAAGUAUGUUACCACUCCUACAUCGACCACCUGACGUGCUGGUACACGAGGCUACGAAUGCACUUACAUCGCUGGAUCCACCGGGAACAACAUACGAAGAGGUUUUGGAACGCACAUUAUCGCAUGGUCAUUCAACUCCACAAAUGGCAGCAGCGUUAGCACGUGAUAUGGGCGCAAAGACACUUUUGAUGACACAUUUCAGUGUACGCUACAAGGGUAAUGAAGAAGGAUUCGAAGUUAUGGAAGAAAUACGGAAGCAAGCUAUACAGGUGCUGGGUGAAGAUAGAGAAGGCGAUGUGCAUUGUGCUAGAGAUUUCUGGUCGUUUGAUGUAAAAAUAAAGGGCACUUGA